AUGGAGAGUCGAGCUCUGGACCCAGGGACUCGGGACUCCUAUGGUGCCACCAGUCACCUCCCCAACAAGGGGGCCCUGGCCAAAGCCAAGAACAAUUUCAAAGACCUGAUGUCCAAGCUGACGGAGGGCCAGUAUGUGCUGUGCCGGUGGACAGACGGACUGUAUUACCUUGGGAAGAUCAAGAGGGUCAGCAGUUCCAAGCAGAGCUGCCUUGUGACUUUUGAAGAUAAUUCCAAAUACUGGGUCCUGUGGAAGGACAUACAGCAUGCUGGUGUUCCAGGGGAGGAGCCCAAGUGUAACAUCUGCCUGGGGAAGACAUCAGGACCUUUGAAUGAGAUCCUCAUCUGUGGCAAGUGUGGCCUGGGUUACCACCAGCAGUGCCACAUCCCCAUCGCAGGCAGUGCCGACCGGUCCCUGCUCACACCUUGGUUCUGCCGACGCUGCAUCUUCGCGCUGGCCGUGCGGAAAGGCGGCGCGGUGAAGAAGGGCGCCAUCGCCAGGACGCUGCAGGCGGUGAAGAUGGUGCUCUCCUACCAGCCCGAGGAGCUUGACUGGGACUCGCCCCACCGCACCAACCAGCAGCAGUGCUACUGCUACUGCGGCGGGCCCGGAGAGUGGUACCUGCGUAUGCUGCAGUGUUACCGCUGCCGGCAGUGGUUCCACGAGGCUUGCACCCAGUGUCUCAAUGAGCCCAUGAUGUUCGGAGACCGGUUCUACCUGUUCCUCUGCUCCGUGUGUAACCAGGGCCCAGAAUACAUCGAGAGGCUACCCCUGCGAUGGGUGGAUGUAGUUCACCUGGCCCUUUACAACCUGGGCGUGCAGAGCAAGAAGAAGUACUUUGACUUUGAGGAGAUUCUGGCCUUUGUCAACCACCACUGGGAGCUCCUGCAGCUUGGCAAGCUCACCAGCACCCCCGUGACGGACCGAGGGCCGCAUCUCCUCAACGCGCUCAACAGUUACAAAAGCCGGUUCCUCUGUGGCAAGGAGAUCAAGAAGAAGAAGUGCAUCUUCCGCCUGCGCAUCCGCGUCCCGCCCAACCCGCCCGGGAAGCUGCUGCCCGACAAGGGCCUGGCGCCCACUGAGUACGGUCCCUCCUCUGAGCUGCGUAAGAGAGGAAAGAGCAAGCCUGGUUUGUUGCCUCACGAAUUCCAGCAGCAGCAGAAAAGGCGAGUUUAUAGAAGAAAAAGAUCAAAGUUUUUGCUGGAAGAUGCUAUUCCCAGUAGCGACUUUACCUCGGCCUGGAGCACCAACCACCACCUGGCCAGCAUAUUCGACUUCACGCUGGAUGAAAUUCAGAGUUUAAAGAGUGCCAGCUCAGGCCAGACCUUCUUCUCAGACUUGGACUCCACAGAUGCUGCCAGCACCUCUGGCUCCGCCUCCACCAGCCUCUCCUAUGACUCCAGACGGACAGUGGGCAGCCGGAAGAGGAAGCUGGCAGCCACAGUGUACACGCCACUGCGGGCAAAGCGGCGGGCAGCCGAGCCGAGUGGAUGCUGCCCCUCGGACAGCGGGGCCGAGGGGGCUUCGGGCCCCGAGCGGGCCGACGAGAGCAUUGACAGCCACACGUUUGAGAGCAUCAGCGAGGACGACUCCUCCCUGUCCCACCUCAAGUCCUCCAUCACUAACUACUUUGGCGCGGCGGGGCGGUUGGCCUGUGGGGAGAAGUACCAGGUGCUGGCGCGGAGGGUCACGCCCGAAGGCAAGGUUCAGUACCUGGUGGAGUGGGAAGGGACCACCCCUUAUUGA